CGAUCCCCAGUCCAAGCCCAGGCGCCCUAUGGCGGCUAUGAUGUCGUCUGUCAACCCCUUCACACCGGUGACCCCCCCACCGGAAAGCCACGCCUUUCCUAAACCUCCUAUCCAAAGGCCCUACCAGAACAACCUCAAGCGCAAAGCAUCGAUGCAAGAACCCUUCAGCGGCCUAGCCGGCCUCAACGGCCUCAACAGCCCCUCGAUGAUGGCUCCUCCUCCCGCCCCGACCUCACAGCCCAAGAUGUCCUCAUCACCCAACCUCAGCUCCGGCGGAAGCCCCGGCCCCAGCGACCCAAAGGACUCUCCUCCUCUUCCCAACGUUGCCGGUGCAAACCUCGAUCCCAAGUACCUCGCCAUGGUCUCUCGCAUUGCCGCCUACUACCAGCAGAGGUGCCAAGCAGUGGCCAACUACCAACAACAACGAUGCCAGGCAUGGGCCAAUAUGCACCGGCAAAGGUGCCAAGAUAUGAUGCAAGCCUCCAUGCUCGUGGUCGCUUGGUACGUUAGGGAUCGUAUCCAGCGCAGGCGACGACGGGAGAAGCGCCGCUUCCGAUCAGGCUUGAGGCGCAGGACCAACCAGAACAAGAUCGCCCGCACAGAAGUUGUCCGCCGCUGGGUCAAGCAGAUCCCCGAGGAGCCAGAGUCACCCAACAACCCCGUCACUGUCGAUCUCGCCGACCGGGCCGAGGCCGAGUUCUCCAUGGACCGUGACCCUCAGCCCGACAAGGACGCCAAGCUGUUUGAGAUGGCCGAUAACCUCAUCAAGAGCCAAUACAAGAAGAUUGAGGUGCCCAUCAUGGGCGUGCUCAACUUUGACGACAGUGACAACGACAGUGAGAGUGAUCUGGAUGAGCCAGAGCAGUUCGACGAGAUGGAAGAAGAUGAAGAGGGAGAAGGAGAAGACGAAUACUACGAAGUAGAGGAUGAUGAUCUGUACGAUGAUGAAGACGACAUAGAAUUCACAGGAGACGGCGGAUCCGAGGUGGUUCACCACGGCACUGGCUCUGGUAGCCGAAACAACGACCUGAGCGAAUCCUCAGGAUGAACUACCUUUCAAUCCCAAAGGCUUGAAACAUUUUAGCCCUAUUUUCAGGGCGAGGUGGGAUACCUCUUUAAUGACGACGACAAAGACUACAAAACAUCGGCAACAAACUCCAACCAUGAUGGACACAUUCGGGCAUUGGUUUCGGAACGGCGCAAAUCUGCAGGCGGGUGAUGGUCCAGACACGAACUUACUGGAGUCAAGAGCAUCUCACUUUUUUUUAUAUGGCAUACAUACAUCGAUGAUACCUUUUUCUGGCACGGGAUAUUUUGGGUCUGCUGUUGCUGUUGUUUUCCUUGGGCAGGGUUGCUCACCUGGCUUAUUGUGGCUCGGCCAGGCGAGCAAACGUACGUACUACAUCAAACCUCUACACUGUAAAUGAAAGAUAUUUUCAUCCG